AUGACGGGACGUGGAGGCGGAAGAGCAGGUGGAGGCGGACGCCGUGUGCUGCUCCCGCCCAUCAACUUUAUUUUCAAGCUUCUCCAGCAACACUCGGUUGUCCAGAUCUGGCUGUACGAGCAGCUCGCUAUCCGCAUAGAAGGCAAGAUCCGAGGAUUCGACGAGUUCAUGAACCUGGUGAUCGAUGACGCAGUCGAGGUCAAGCAAAUCACGAAGACGAAUGACAAGGAGGAGAGGAAAAACCUCGGCCAAAUCCUGUUGAAAGGCGACAACGUGUCUUUGAUCCAGAGCUUGUCAGGUUAA